GCUGGAAAAGUUCUGCCCGUCUAGAGGUAGCGUAAGACGGGACGCGGCCGAGGGCAGAAAAGUUAACCCUUUCGACCCCGAUGAGGGAAGAGGCGGGAUGUGGCUGCCUCGCCCGCGUUUUGCUUUCUGCCCAGUUCCCUUCCGUCCUCCUCGCCGCGCUGCCGCCGCCGCCAUGGCCCAACUUCGAGCCUCUUCCUCAUCGGCCGCCACCUUUGACUACCUGGUGCUGGGGGGCGGCUCGGGUGGGUUGGCCAGUGCCCGGCGCGCCGCGCAACUGGGAGCCCGAACUGCUGUGGUUGAAAAAGGGCGACUCGGAGGCACUUGCGUGAACGUUGGAUGUGUACCUAAAAAGGUGAUGUGGAAUACUGCUGUUCAUUAUGAAUUCAUCCAUGAUCAUGUGGAUUAUGGUUUUAAAAUAGCUGAUGUGAAGUUUAAUUGGAAAAUAAUUAAAGAAAAGCGUGAUGCUUAUGUGAAGAAACUGAAUGAGAUCUAUCAAAAUAAUUUGAAUAAGGACCACGUGGAAACCAUUCUUGGGCAUGCAUCGUUCACAGCUGACCCUGAACCCACAAUUGAAGUUGAUGGCAAAAAAUAUACAGCACCUCACAUACUGAUUGCUACUGGUGGACGGCCUACAAUUCCCAGUGAAAGUGAGAUACCAGGAGCCAGUUUGGGAAUCUCUAGCGAUGGUUUCUUUGAACUUGAAGAUUUGCCCAAGCGAAGUGUUAUUGUUGGUGCUGGAUACAUAGCUGUUGAAUUAGCUGGUAUUCUUUCCACAUUAGGCUCCAGGACAUCCUUAUUGAUACGUUAUAAUGAGGUGCUGAGAAAUUUUGAUUCUAUGAUCAGUUCAAACUGCACUCAGGAGUUGGAACAUAGUGGAGUAGAAGUCUGGAAACAUUCCAAGAUUCAAUCAGUUACAAAAUCACCUUCGGGACUCUUGGCAAUAACGGUUACAUCCUCUUUUCCUAAUCAAAAACCCACUGUGAACACUAUUGAGAAUGUUGAUUGUCUCUUGUGGGCCAUUGGUAGAGAGCCCAAUACAGAGGAGCUAAACUUUGACCAAUUGAAUAUUAAGGUAGACAAGGCCGGCCAUAUUAUUGUUGACGAGUUCCAAAAUACCAGCAGAAAGGGGGUCUAUGCUGUUGGAGAUGUUUGUGGGAAAGCACUCCUCACACCAGUUGCAAUUGCAGCUGGAAGAAAACUGGCACAUAGGCUUUUUGAAAAUAAAAAGGAUUUUAAACUUGAUUAUACCAACAUUCCGACUGUGGUUUUCAGUCAUCCACCUAUUGGAACAGUGGGACUAACAGAAGCGGAAGCCGUAAAUACUUAUGGAAAAGAGAAUGUGAAAAUUUAUAUAACUUCUUUCGUCCCAAUGUACCACGCAGUAACAGAAAGGAAAACAAAAUGUGUGAUGAAAUUGGUUUGCGCUACUAAACAAGAAAAAGUGGUAGGACUUCAUAUGCAAGGCUUGGGCUGUGAUGAAAUGCUCCAAGGAUUCGCAGUAGCUGUCAAAAUGGGAGCAACAAAGGCUGACUUUGAUCAGACAGUGGCUAUUCAUCCAACUUCUUCAGAAGAACUUGUUACGCUUCGUUAAGCUGUACAUAACAUGGCUUUCCCCAUGGUGAAUUACUUUUUUUUUUUUUUUUUUACAAAAUUGUGCAGUUCAAGACAAGUCUUCACUCUGCUGUUACAACUUUAUAUACAUGGAUGUAAUUUAUAUACUUGAAAACAAUAAUUUCGAAUUUUAAAAAGUCCCCUUAUUUGCGCUUGAUUCCUUGAGACAUUUUGGAUAUUAUUCAUAGUGACUUUGGCAUCAGUAUAGAAGUGGAUCUGUCAUUGCUUUCUGGCUUGUUGUUUUCAGGUUCCCUGCUUUAGUGUUUCCUAGUGGUCUCCUAUCCAAGUACUGGCCAGACUCAACCUUAGUUAGCCUCUGAGCAGAGACCUGCUGAGAAUGCAGUAGUAAAAUGUGCCAAAAUUCAAGCAAAUUAUCAUAUGACUUCAUACUUUAACCUCAAAGAGGAAGUAAAAUCUAAGAGUAAAGCAGAAAAAAACCCAUUUGGGGCUACAGAGGAACAAAUGGAGAAAAUGCUGCAAUUAUAAACUGUCUAAUAAUUAGUAUUUUGGUUUAUUGAGCCUUGGAUUGUGAAAGAUGCCAUUUCCUGCCUAUUGAGAAGGGCAAAUGUAACCCACGUAGAACUUAGCCUAGAAGAGUUUAGUAAGAGCACUACUUUAUUAAUCCAUAUUCUAAAAGUUUUUUUUUUUAAUUUAUGCUAUCCCCCUAUAAAAUUAAAACCCAAUACAUAGGCUAUUCUAGGUGCCUUCCUACAACUAUUCUUUUGAUUUGUUUCCAAUAGAAAUUACCAAUAUACAGAUAUUUGUAAUCUAACAUAAAUUAGGGAACAAGCUUUUUAUCACAAGAAGUAAAUUGUACAAUUAUUGCCACAUUCUGUAAAGCAUAGCAGUAAGAGUUCCCAUUCAGUUAUAACCUUAUUGAUAUUAAUUUCUUAGUUAUGAAAAUUGAAAAAUGUGGAUUGGGGAGAUGGCUGCAUCCUAGGUGAUAUAUAUGCAACUGUACUCUUCUGUUUGUUAUUGCCGUGAGGCCCAGGAGGCAGUAGGGCUGGUUGCUGUCACCUAUUUAGCAGGGAGCACGUAUAUCUUUUAAGGGAUGCUAUGAAUGCAGGCAACUUUUCCACUGCCAUCCCUCUAUAAAAGAUUUGUAUAUAAUUAAGUAGGUUGUGUGUAUAUGCUUACUUUUUUUGCCAUGUUCUUUAUUAUAUAAUACACAACUAUAUAUUCCUACUGCAUUUCUGAAUCAA